AUGUUAAGGCAUUUAGUAUCCUUAAGUACAAUCGCCACUAUAAGUUUGGCCUCAAUGUACUCUCAAGAUCAACUCUUCUUGGGUCAAGUUCAAUAGAGCGGCAAUCCAUUUGAUGAGAGCACCCAUGAGCUCUUUGUCAACCCUUGGUUCUCACAAGAAGUUCUUGCUUCAAAGACUCUUACUGAUGACCAAAAGCAGAAGUUAAAGGAUAUAUCUGCUGCUUUCUGGGUUGAUACAGAAUAUGCCAUCUCUACUAGAGUACCAAGUUUGAAGACACUUCUAGACAAGGCUGCUGAAAAGGCUAAGACUACUUCUAAGAAGUAAACUGUGGUCUUUAUUCACUACAAUCUCCCCAACAGAGACUGCGCUGCCUCCGCCUCUAAUGGAGAGAUUUGCUGUUCUGGCAAUGCCCCAGAUCCAAAUUCGGGAAGCUGUGAUGAUCAAUCAUAUACUGGAGGUGAAUGCUCCAAAGGUCUUGCUAAGUAUCACUCCUACACUGAUAAGGUUGUCAGUCUACUUGAAAACUAUCCAGAUCUUGAGAUCGUAGCUCUUGUUGAGCCAGACUCACUCCCAAAUCUCGCCACAAAUCUUGGCUAAAAGCCCCACUGCACUCAGACAACCGCUGAUGCCUACGUGCAAGGUGUCACAUAUGCUAUUUCUCAACUUGCUAAAUUGCCUCAUGUCUCUAUGUACUUGGAUGUAGCACAUGGAGGUUGGCUCGGAUGGUGCGGUACUCACCCAUGCUCAUAAGACACUGAGUGCGGUUCAGGCAACAUGUGUCUCAGAGGAACCUGCGAGUGCCCUCCAGAGCAACAAAGUCAAAAUGCUCAAAAGUUUGUUUCUACCAUUAAGGGCAUAUUUAAUAAUGUCGGUCAAGAUGCUUAAUCAAGAGUGAGAGGCUUUGCUACCAACACUGCCAACUACUAACCACUUGGUUACCCUGAUGACAAUGACCACUGUCAACUUAAAUCUCAAUGGAAUUUCGCUUGGAACGAACUUAGAUAUAUGGAUUAAAUGGAUGCCUUGAUGAAGAAAAACGGAAUCUCAAAGCACUGGAUUACUGAUACUGGAAGAAAUGGAGUCCCAGAAUCAAGAUCAGAUGCUAACCAAUGCGCUUAAUGGUGCAAUGUCAAGAGUGGCCUUGGUUUAAGACCAACUUCAAACGUUAGCGCUCUUCAACAAUAAUUGAGAUCAGCUUAAAUUGACGCUGUCAUCUGGUCAAAGACUCCAGGUGAAUCUGAUGGAUGCUCCCCAGGAUCAUCUCAAAAAUGCACUAGAGUUGAUUACAUGUGCCAAAGAGAUUGCAACUCCCAAUUCCAGAAAUGCCCUGCUCCAGAAGCUGGAUAAUGGGACGAUGAUAUGAUCAGAUACCUUGUAGAUCAUGCCAGACCAUCUCUAUGA